CCUCCUCGUCCCCGCCGGCUUUCCUCCCUUAAGUGCUGAAAUAUUUGGAAGAAUCCCAGGGACUCAAUUCUUUUGCCUUGGACGCUCCAUCCUUGCAAAGCUUUGAGGAUCGCGGAUCGAGCCUUCUGGGCCUCUCGCUCGCUCUCUUUUCCCCUUUUGGGGUGGGCGGAGGGUGGGGAGGGAGGGGGGUUUGCUUAAGCCGGCUCAGUUUUUCCUUCCACCCCUCCCGGCUUCCCACCAACCCGUAGCGGACUCUCGUCAAAGGAGUCGGAGAAGGGGGCCGUUGUCCUUCCCCUCCCCCUCUUCUUGCUGGUCUUCGCCGCUCCCUCCAUCCCACCCCAAAAGCCCCCCGCGAUGGGCUGCACCCUGAGCGCGGAGGACAAGGCGGCGGCCGAGCGGAGUAAGAUGAUCGAUCGGAAUCUCCGAGAAGACGGGGAAAAAGCGGCCCGCGAAGUCAAGCUCCUACUCCUGGGAGCCGGUGAAUCCGGAAAAAGCACAAUUGUCAAACAAAUGAAAAUUAUCCACGAAGCUGGAUAUUCCGAAGAAGAAUGUAAACAAUAUAAAGCGGUUGUCUAUAGUAAUACAAUUCAGUCCAUUAUUGCUAUCAUAAGAGCUAUGGGGAGACUGAAAAUAGACUUUGGAGAUUCAGCCAGGGCUGACGAUGCGCGUCUACUCUUUGUCCUCGCUGGAGCAGCAGAAGAAGGUUUUAUGACAGGAGAACUUGCCGGGGUGAUCAAAAGAUUGUGGAGAGACUCUGGAGUUCACGCCUGUUUCAAUCGAUCGAGAGAAUAUCAGCUUAAUGACUCGGCCGCAUACUAUUUGAAUGAUUUGGAUAGAAUCGCCCACACCAAUUAUAUCCCAACACAACAAGAUGUCCUCAGGACCAGAGUGAAAACCACAGGAAUAGUGGAAACUCAUUUUACUUUCAAAGAUCUCCAUUUUAAGAUGUUUGAUGUUGGAGGCCAAAGAUCAGAAAGGAAAAAAUGGAUUCAUUGCUUUGAGGGGGUUACAGCUAUAAUUUUUUGUGUGGCGCUUAGCGAUUAUGACUUGGUCCUUGCAGAAGAUGAAGAAAUGAAUAGGAUGCACGAAAGCAUGAAAUUAUUUGAUAGCAUCUGCAACAAUAAGUGGUUUACAGACACCUCUAUUAUCCUGUUCUUAAAUAAAAAGGAUCUCUUUGAAGAAAAAAUUAAAAGGAGUCCUCUUACUAUUUGUUAUCCAGAAUAUCCAGGAUCAAACACAUAUGAAGAAGCAGCUGCGUACAUCCAGUGUCAGUUUGAAGACCUAAACAAGCGAAAAGACACAAAGGAAAUUUACACCCAUUUCACCUGUGCCACCGAUACCAAGAAUGUCCAAUUUGUCUUCGAUGCGGUCACCGACGUUAUCAUCAAGAAUAAUUUGAAAGACUGUGGUUUAUUCUAAACAUAUACGUCCAACUAUCCUUUCUUUUUUAAAAAAACAAAAACCAAAUGUGCUUUUUU